AUGGAAGGGAAUGGCUCACACAGGGGCUCCUGGUUUGAGCCCUCGUCCAUCCAGCCGCUGUUCCUCUCCCAGCUGUCCCCCUCUGCAGACCUGGCCGUCGCUAUUUUCCUUACCUUCACAGGUGUCACAUCUGUGCUGGGGAAUGGCACGGUGCUGUUAGUCUAUUGUAGGAAAAAAAAGAAGCUCAGACCUCCAGAGCUCAUGACCAUCAACCUGGCUCUCUGUGAUUUUGGUUUCAGCCUCUUGGGAGCACCAUUUUUCAUCACUUCCAGCCUGUGUCAUGCCUGGGUGUUUGGGGAGACAGGGUGCCUUCUGUACGGCAUACAGGGCUUUGUGUUUGGCAUCGGCUCUCUGCUCACCACCUGUCUCAUCUCUCUGGACCGCUGCCUAAAGAUCUGCUGCUUAAGAUAUGGUCAAUGGAUCGAGAGGCGCCAUGCAUCGCUGUCCAUAGCUCUGGUGUGGGUUUACACAUUGUUCUGGGCCUCUCUGCCUGCAUUGGGCUUUGGGAGCUACGGACCAGAACCUUAUGGGACCAGCUGCACCAUUGACUGGUGGAGAAUGAGGGUGUCUCCAAAAGACAGACUCUACAUCUUCCUCAUCCUGGCUUUGUGCUUGGGAUUUCCCAUGCUCACCAUCUUCACUUCAUAUUUGGCCAUCCUGCUGACGGUCUACAGAUCAAAUCGCACCUUAGCAUCUAUACCGUCCUCCUCUGUCAGUCACACCAGCAAAGACCUCAGACUUGCAAAGAUGGCUGCGGUGGUGUGCAGCACCUUCCUCCUGGCCUGGAUGCCCUACGCCACUGUGUCUCUCAUCUCCGCCCUCAUCCCCAGAGAUGACCAAGAGGCAGAAAGCACUGUACAGACUGCGGUAGAGGAGUCCACUGCCAUGGCUUCAAACUCUCCGAAGAUCCUGGACGUCCCCUCGCUGCUCAACUGGACAGCCACAGAAUAUUAUAGACUAACACAUUACAACCCUGAGGAAUUAUGGGAUCAUGUGGCCGACGUGAAUCCCAACUCGGGCCUGAAUGGCAGCACGUCCAGCUCCACACUUGGCGAGGAAGCUGAGUCAAUGACCAGGGUCCCGCAGCCGCGCUCCUGUCUGCCACCUGUAGUCACUUUGAUCCCAGCUAUGUUUGCCAAGUCCCACUGCAUGAUCAAUCCUCUAAUUUACCAGAUCAUGAACAGGGAGUUCAGGGACGACGUCUAUGUGCUGGUGUUUGGUCGAGAGAAGGCAGAGAGGAGACGAGUGCAAAGGAGGAAGGAGAGUUUAUAUGAAAGGAGCAUCAUCAUCUCCUAUUGCCAGGGCUGGAGGAGGAAGAGGAGCAACUCUAUGUCUGUAGGAAGGAGAAACAAAAGUGUGAAGAGCCAAGGGAGCAGUAGUGGAGGCAGAUCAGGCUCCUGUGUUGAUGAUAGAUCAGUGGGGGCUGAUCUGCUGGACUUUGCCUCCUUGGACACAUGGAAGAAGACGGGAAGAGAUCAGAACAUCUCGCCGAGGCGCAGAGCCAGCGUUGCCGCUUCCUCGCAUCCCAUCAAGAGUCGCUUCUGA